GAUUAGACCGCUUUGUGACGAGAGUGCACUAACAGCGCUGCUUUUAACAGUUCAGAAGCAGCAGGUCACAUCUGCAGUCCUCCCGGCAGGAUGAGCUCGUACUUCGAUGAACACGACUGUGAGCCCACAGAUCCCGAGGAGCAGUACAGACAGAAUGCGCUGCUCGAGCUGGCCAGGUCUUUGAUGCAGGGUUUGGACGUGGAUUUUGGAUUCCCGGACGCUCCCGAGUGGGAUCAGCGUCUCCCCCCACCUGCGGCCAAGGUUUCUGUGCAGGGUCUUCAGCUGGUCGUGAUAUCCCCACAGCAAGCAGAUAAAGGUCUGAAGUGUCCCGUCUGCCUGCUGGAGUUCGAGGAACAGGAGACGGUUCGAGAGAUGCCCUGCAAACACCUCUUCCACUCCGGCUGCAUCCUGCCCUGGCUCGGCAAGACCAACUCGUGUCCGCUGUGCCGCUUCGAACUGGUCACCGACGACCCCGAAUACGAGGAGUUCAAAAAAGACAAGGACCGGAGGAGGCAGAGGGAACAUCGUCUGGAGGAUCUCCACGGAGCCAUGUACACAUGACCCCACACACACACACACACACACUUUAUAUAUGCAGGGAUUUAAUAAUAUGGACCAGGUUAUGAAAUCUACUUGAAUCUAGUUUGAUAUUUAAACGUGUGUAGGUUAUGUUUGCACUACGAGUCGUUUCGUGUGUCGAAUACCGGAGUUUUACUGUCCUGCGUGGAUAAAAAAAAUGCUUUUAUAUUAACAGAACAUUUAAAUACGUUAAAGGACUUUAUUAGGAACACACGCACUGUUAGUACUGGACUGGUUGUGUAUCAGUGGGCACUUUCUGUUCAGAAAUCCCAACAACACUGCUGCACCUGCUUCCAAACAUCUGUUCCGACGAGGGAUGGAGGGGCAAGGCUUACAGGGCAACAGAUGGGCUACAGUCAGUCAUUGUUUUCUGUAUCUGUACACAGUCCUUGGGUUCCUUAAACAGUGCGUAUGAAUAAAAUUAUAUUAUCAUUCA